CGAUCGAAUUGCCCGAUCAGGACAGAUUUUGCGGAAAAUUGCACCAGAGGUCCCUAAACUUUUCCAAAUUAUUCAAACACCUGUUUGUCUCCCUCUGGAAAAGAACCUUCCUUUACUUCCCCGUCCCUCUCAAGUCUCGCGAUCCUCUCCGGCUUCGAGUUCUCGCCGACGAGGACACGCCCCCACCACCGCGGAAAUCGUCGGCGCUGCCGGCGGCGGCGGCGAAAAUCGCCCCUCCGCCGCCCCCCACGAAGACCCACUUGAACGACCGGUGAUCGAGACGUCUCCCCUCUGGGUUUUUUGCCCUCUUACCGAGAGUCUCCAGAUUCACAAGCGGCGGCGACGGGACGGGCGCCGGAGGACACGCGAUCAGCCGCUCGCAGAAUUUUCUUUUUCGACAAUGUAUGGGUUAAGCCGAAGGCUUUCGGUGCUUGGAAGAGGGUUCCACACGGUGCCGGCUGAUGGCCCAUCCGACACCUUGAGGAGGAAGAUUGCUGAGCUGGAGAAGACGAAGAAGAGGAGGAAUCCUAGGAAGAAUCAAGUAUUUGUUGAGGUUCCGGAGCCAAAAACAUUUCUUGAUACGGCAACUUGGCCGAUGAUCCUUGCCAGUGUUGGAAUUGCACUCUUUGCGAAGCUGCUCAUGAUGUAUGAUGAUUCGAGAUCCCAGGAAAUAAUUGAGAGGAAAAUAAACCAUGCUCCUGCUGGUCAAGGCUCAGUUAGGAUGCUCUCUCGUGAAGAGUGGGAUGAAAUACGAGAAGUGAGGCCCAGGACUCCAUUUGAAUCCAAGCUUGCUCGACCAAAUGCUAGAAUAAGAACUGGAGAACCCUUGCGCAUGGAGGACUUGAAGGACUGGACAAUUGAUGUCAUUGCUGAUGCACUUGCCCGAGUCGAAGAAAGCGUUCACAACCCCAAGUGAGUCGUGACUUAGAUUUAGUGCGUUCUAAGCAUCCCCUUUCAUUCAUAUAUUGUUUCUCGCGGAAGUGGAUCAACACCAUGUCCUAUGCUUAAUACUAUCGAAAUCUGGGGGUUCUCGGCACUGGAAAAACGGGACUGGACUGGAGCACUGAACAGCACCAAAGGUUGCUGGGUACUAAAGGGUGACUGAAAAACCAGCCUGGAUUUUUGUUUCACUUGGGUCACUUGUCAAUCCAUAAAGUUCAUGCAUAAGCUGAAUAAAGCACAUGGGGCAUCGCCCCGCGUUGCUGGGAGGCUGUUCUUCGUCUCGAGCAUGGUUCCGGGCGAUGUUGCUUUUAUGUAUGCAGUCUCGGAAGUCUUAGAGAAUUCGAAUUUACGUCAUGCAUAUUCUAGUUCUUGCUCUUCUAUUAGUUCGUCCAUAGUGGCUGAGAGGAAAAUGUCCAAAGUUGCAAGUGGUUCUCUGAGCAUCUCUUGCUAGCUUUCAUGGAUCAUCCAGUGAUUGGAAAAGCUUCAUUCCAACUGUAAUUUCAUGUAGUUUGCUUUGGAGUAAUCACUCACAGGAAGUUAGUCCAAAGUUAACUACGUGAUUACUCGGGUUUGUUAGGGAUUGACUUUAGACAGUUGUUAAACUUGGGUUUGGUAGGGAAUGACUUCAGACAGUCGUUAAACGCGCUUUUCGAGGGAAUAUUCAACUCCCAAAACGAUGGAUUUGUGCCUGUCAUGACGGAACAUUGAAAAUCGUGGUCGAAUGACGUCUUUACUUGA